AUGACAGAGACGCCGUGUGCGAUCGAUGUGGCAGUCGACAAGUCGCACGUGGCCGAGUGGCCACGGGACGCUGGAUGUGAAGUGCGUGGCCGAGAGCGAGACGUGGCUGAUGGGGUUGAGAUUGACGAUGGCAGCAGCUGUGGCGCAGAGGACGAUCGAGCGGUAGUACUUGGUCGGUCCAUUGCUGUGAGUCCGAGUCGAGAAGACAUCCUCGAUCGGUGUCCUCCUCCUGCUGCUGUUGCUGCUGGAGCGGUCACACGGUCGCCUGUGGCAGUCUCGCCGUCGCCGUAUUGUCUCUCAUCGACUGCGAGGUCUAGAUACAGUCGUCGACUCGAAGACAGCGGCAAUGCCGUCUCGACAACUCGUGCCCAACUGUCUGUUGCAGGUGUAACAACAGAGCAGGCGGACCGCUACAGAAUGAGCAGGUCGAGUGGCAAACGAUUGCGUUCGCCGUCAAAGCCGACCACCUUGUGGGGAGAUCCGUGCAGUAGCUACAAUCGCCAUAGCGGCACGCGCAGCAACACGGACACACCCAGUUUCUCUCACAAGCGUCAAGAACGUUCUGCUGCUGAACGGACGUUUGGCGGUUCGUCGGUCUUUCGGACGCUCAACAUGGACACGUACGGCUGGCCUCGAUCCGAGUCGGUGCGCGGCCAGCAUCGAUCUGUCGCAACCGGUCCUGAUGCCACUGAGGCAGAACGCGGGCUUCCACGUGACGUCGAGUCGAGGCAGUUGCCUGGUGCACAUUCACAGCAAGCGCACUAUCAGCAACGUAGCGCAGACCACAGCAGUACUUCGUGCACGGGCCUCGUCGACUCCGAGAUAUAUGCCUCGCCUCUCGCUGAACCCCGAAGCUACAAGAAGACCAAGAGGGUAUCGUUUCAUGGAAACAGCCACGUCGACUUGCCGACCGAGGUUGCUACUCACCCGCAGCCUCGCACUCUCCCUGUGCUUGCGGACAAAACCACGCAGACGGAAGCUUUCCUACUAUCAACGUGGAAACCACCUGGGUCCGACACACUCGGCGUCUCGGAUCGCCACGACGGUCAAAGGAACGAUCAAGGAUCACCUCUGCGCUCCUCAGUGAUAAAUGAGUCUGAGCAUCCGAGGCAACUGCCAAGUGAAGUUGGUGAUGCUGCUGGUGCAGCCCGUACGCAACGGCGCCAUUACCGUCAAACGAGUGGCCAUCUGACGAAUCCAAUCAUGGUCAAUCCUCGAUACCAACCAGAGCCGACAACGUUCCGUAGGUCGACGUACUCCACACUACGCAAUGACAAGUUUCCGUGGCGAUAG